AUGUUCGCGAAGGUUUUCGCGUUCUGGCUCGCCGUUGCCGGAGUGGCGGCAGCCCCCGGCAGCUUCCGUGGUGGUCCUGGCCGUGUGGCGGCUCGGGCGGUGGCCUUGGAGGAAAUCCAGGCGAGCUUGCAGGAGGCCCUGGAGGGGGUGCUGAGCUCGGAGGCUGCGGCCAAGCGCAGCGCCCACAUCGAGGCACGCGUCUGGCAGACCUUCCAGGCACUGCCCAAGAACGACGUGGGCCGCCUCGCACCCAAGGCCGUGCGGUACCUGGUGCACAGCUAUUUCAUGAAGGAGCACGGCUGGCUCAUCCAGGGCUUGGAUCCCCAUGCCAACCAGGCACAUGUGUCGGAGGUCCACGAGGUGAGCAUUUUGCAGGACAAGGCGCCGGCGCUGGUGGAGUCUUUGCUGGAGGCACGGCGCUCCAACCACGGCCUCUCCCUCGGCGACACGGUGGCGAUGGUCGGGGCGCUGGAGCGCCUCAUCUUCGACGAGUCCUUGGCGCUCCUCCAGGCAUCCUACGCCUUCAACGGGCUCGACGCCGCCGAGGCCAUCCCGCAAAGAAGCGCCCACGACGUCCUCACCUCCUACCUGCUGCUCUUCCAGCUGGGAAGCAAGGCCAACCUCACCGACGUUCGGCUCCAUCAGGCUUUGAAGAGCAGGCUGUCUCAGAGGGAGGAUUGGCACGAGCUCAAAGAUUUCGAGAGCGACACCCUCAUGAAUUUUGAGUACGCCCGAGCCCAUGCCGCAAAUCCGUUCUUGGAGCCACAGUAUUCCUUCCAGGAUCUGACGGACAUGGUUGGCGAGAUGGCCCACGGCUACGGCAAGUGGCAGAACCGCGAGUGUCAAGAGAUGAAGGCAGAGCUAACGGAGGCAGAUGUCAAUGGAGACGGGCUCGUGCCGGUUAGCCGCUUUUACCUCCAGGCUGAUAACGCCAAGUACCAGUUCAGCGAGUCGGUGCAGUACUUGCAGGAGAUCGGCGCCCUGGACGAGAGCGGGGAGCAGAAGGUGCGGAUCGCAAACUACCUGCAGGGCCCCUCCAACUGCAUUGCGUCGUCGUCCUACUACUCCAUUUGCUGCCUCAGUGAGUGCGAGGGCCUUGUGAACGAGCUGGAGGCUAAGGUUCAGGCGCCGGCUGUGGACCCCGCCUAUCUGCUGGAGCUCGUGGGGCACAUCUCCUCGGCCAGCGUGGACGCACCUCGUCAGCUUCCCUUUGGCUUGAAGCGCCGGCUGCAGGACAUUGCAGAGCACAAUGGCGGGCAGGUGCCACUGCACGGCCGGCUCUUUGCGGAGUGGAUGCACUAUGCCUUCCCGCACGAGUGCCCUUAUCCGAAAGUCUUCCAAGAGUCCAAGAUCUUGACUCCCGAGUUCUGGGCUCAGAAGAAGAUGUCCGUGGAUGCUCAAGAGCGGCUUGAGAUUGCCUCGAGUGCCGUGCUUGAAAACACCACGGACACGGACAGCGUCGGCGCAGAGUCGGCAGAGAUUGCUUGGAGCAGCGAGGAGCUGCUGCAUGCCCAGGACUCCCCGGUGCGGAAGCACGGCAGUGCCCGCGCAGCGCUGCGUUGCACCAUGCAGCUGGCGCUGCUCCUCGGUGUCCUCCGUGCCGCAGCCGGCAGCUGGCAGACGCUCCGCGACCUAGCUGCUCCCAGGAGCAAGGCGGCGCUGCCCUUCUGA